CCAAUUGUCAAUCAAUGACUGUCCAGCCGUUCCAAAUUCACGUGCACAAUCGCAAAUGGCUUGCCGCAGUAAAAUCUGCAAUCCCAUCGCCACCAUCAGAGUCGAAGACCUGCUGGACCCUCUGGUGUCAGCCGCUGUUAAAGAGCGCAUGCAAGACAUGGUCCUCACGAACGAGACCCUCCGCAAAGAGAUGCAACUUUUCCGGGAAAACAUCGAAAGAGGUCUAAAAAAGGCCACGCAUGAAGAUGCGGUGAUCAAAUGCUUCCCCACCUACGUGCAAGACCUGCCUGAUGGCACCGAAGUGGGCAAGUUCCUAGCACUGGAUUUGGGAGGGACCAACUUCAGGACUUUGCUAGUAGAUCUGGACGCAAACAAGUGCGAGAUGCAGUCGAAAGUCUUCGCCGUUCCUCAUGAGGUCAUGACUGGAUCUGGAGUUGCGCUCUUCGACCACAUCGCGGCAUGCCUGGCGGAGUUCGCCCAAGAGUAUGGCGUGCAGGCGGAGAACCUCCCUCUGGGCUUCACGUUCAGUUUUCCAGUUACCCAAGUGGGGCUCUGCUCUGGGAUCUUGCGCAGGUGGACCAAAGGCUUCAAUUGUGAGGACGUGGUAGGCCAAGACGUGGUUCAAUGGCUCAUCGAGGCCAUCCAGCGCAGAAAUGAUGUGGAAAUCGAUGUGUGUGCAGUGCUAAACGAUACGACCGGAACCUUAAUGUCCUGUGCCUGGAAGAAUCCCAAUUGUCGCAUUGGUCUGAUUAUCGGGACUGGCAGUAACGGAUGCUAUUACGAAACCCAAACUAACGCUGAACUGUUCAACGAACCCGAUAUGGGCACUGGCAAGGUUAUUAUUAAUCUGGAGAUGGGGGCCUUUGGAGAGGAUGGGGCGCUGGAUUUCAUCAGGACAGAGGAAGACCGGAUGGUGGAUGAGAACAGCAUCAACCCUGGCGGGCAAAUACACGAAAAGUGCGUAUCGGGGAUGUAUCUGGGGGAGCUGGUGCGCCUGCGGGCUCUCGCCUUGGUGAAAGAAGGGCUGCUCUUUGAUACCACUGCUGCAACCGCUCUGGAAACCAGUAACGCGUUUUCCUGCGAAAUGAUGUCGCAAGUCGAGUCAGAACCAGUGGAAACGCAAGAGACAACCAAAGAGAUCCUAGGCAGUUUGGGCAUAGAAAACGCCUCCAAAGAAGACAUGCUGAACUUUCGCUACAUCUGCCAAACAGUAUCGAGACGGUCUGCCCAUUUAAUCGGCGCCUCCAUGUGCGUCCUGAUCGAAAAAAUGCAGGAACCCUACGUGGUGGUCGGGAUCGAUGGCUCAGUAUACAAGAAUCACCCGCAUUUCAGGAGAAUUAUGACGGAAAAAAUGAACGAGCUGAUCGCUCCAGGGUACAAGUUCCAGCUGAUGCUCUCUGAAGAUGGAAGUGGUAGGGGCGCAGCUCUAGUGGCUGCUGUUGCUGCGCGCAAGAAAAAUGAGCUGGGAAUUUGAAUUGUCCACCUCAUGUUCUGCUUGCGCUCUAUGGAGGCUAAUAAAUGAAACUGAAUAGGG